AUGGGGUGCACCCCACAUGCGAUUGCUAACUAUGGCACAAAUGGCCUCCCAUGUGCUGAUAACAUCAACAGGGCAGUCAAGUUUUUCAAUAAAAGGCUUAUAUCUCUUCUUGAUGCCCUCAACAAUAAUCUAACAGAUGCAAAUUUCAUCUUUAUAAAUAUUUAUGAUAUGACAAUUGAGGGCCUUGCAAACCAUUCAUCUCUUGGUUUCAGGGUAGCUAACACUGGGUGCUGUGGGCUAGGGAAGAACAAUGGUCUACUUACAUGUCUUCCUCUUCAAGUCCCAUGUUUCAACAGGACUGAGUAUGUCUUCUGGGAUGCUUUCCAUCCUACUAAGGCUGCAAAUAUAAUCAGUGCUAGAAGAUCAUAUGCUGCCCAAAAUCCUUCUGAUGCUUACCCGAUUGAUAUAAGUCGCUUCGCUCGACUUUGA